AGCAUUGGAUGUUGUUGAUGACACUGUAUCGGUCACAAAAUAUAUUAUAGAUCAAAUAGUUAAACCAAACGUUUUUAAAACAAUAAUGCAAGAUAAAUUUGGACAUCGUGUGAUUUUAUACCUGUUGGUCGGAAGAGAAAGGUCUAAAAUGUAUUUAAGCUUUGAUACAUUUCAAUUACUUGAAAAAGGCGAUGAAAUGCGUGCAAAAACUAGUAAAAAAGAUCCAGUUAUUCGUACAAAUGAAUUGCGAAAAGCCAUAUCUCCUGCAUUAAUUAAUUAUGCUAAGGAAAAUACCGCAGAAAUGCUUUCAAAUACUUAUAUGACACAGAUCUUUUGUGAGACAUUACUUUGUGGUGAAGCAACUAUUGAAGAAAAAAGAACAAUAUUAGAAAAUAUACCGGCCUUAAUAGGAGAUACAUCAUCAAAUGAAAAUAAUAUCAUGUUAACAUAUGCAAAUCGAUUCCUUAAAAUUUUGGUACAAGGCCAGUAUCAAAGAUUAGAUAAUGGACAAUACAAGGAUAAACGAGUUGAAUUACAUUUUGCGCCAUUAUUAUUUAAAAGUAUUAAAAAGGAUAUUAUAUUUUAUGCUUGCGAUGCCUCUGCAUCAUUCGUAAUAUUAGCAUUAUUACAAGAUAACGAGACUGGAUCGGAUGUUAGAAAGAUUUUGAUGAAAAGUUUACCGAAAAUUGAACAAGCUGCUGCAAAAGAUAUAAAAUCAGGAUCUAGAUUUAUUUUGAAGAAACUUG